UUGCAUAUCUCGUAAUUUCGAAUACAUAUCUCAACAUUUUGACUUGCAUACCAUGAAAGUUUGAGUUAAUAUCGACAUAAAAAAUAUUUUAAGAAAUGGUGGCGGGAAUGGGCUGGCGCUUUUGUAACAACCUGCGGUUACAAAACUGGUAGUUAAAAACAUUCAGACCUUCUGUUAUGAAGAAGAGUCAUGACCCAUCCCCCCUGAGUAACCUCUUGAAAUUCCUCUAGUCCAGUGUUGGAGUGCGUUCGUAGGAGAUGGCGAUGGAGAAUUUCAAGCAGUUCCUGUUCGCUCUGUCGGCCGCUGUAUCCGUUGGUUUUGUGUCGACAAUUUUUGUUUUGAGAUGGGUAUUCUACUUCAAGGAAGGUUUAGCAUGGGAUGGAGAAUUUGCGGAAUUCAAUUGGCACCCUGUUUUAAUGGUUACCGGGUUCAUUUUUAUGCAGGGAAUUGCCAUUGUGGUGUAUAGGUUGCCAUGGACCUGGAAGUGCAGCAAGUUAAUGAUGAAGUUUAUUCAUGCCGGCUUAAACAUAUUGGCCUUCAUUUUCGCUGUCAUAUCUCUGGUAGCAGUAUUUGACUUCCACAAUGCACAAAACAUCCCCAACAUGUAUAGCCUGCACAGCUGGGUGGGGCUAGCAGCGGUGAUACUAUAUUCACUACAGCUUGUUCUGGGAGUGUGUAUAUACUUGAUACCCAUCACCCCGAUAUACCUGAGAGCAGCAUUUAUGCCCCUGCACGUCUACAGUGGCCUGUUCAUCUUUGCCAGUGUCAUAACCACAGCACUCAUGGGCAUCACAGAGAAGCUCAUUUUUGGCCUGAAAUAUCCCAAGUACAAGGACUCUCCCCCAGAGGCCAACUUUGUAAAUGUGCUGGGAGUACUGAUAGUAGUUUUUGGCGCAAUAAUUCUCUGGAUCGUUACUCGCCCCUCUUGGAAACGCCCCAGUGAGCAGGUCCUACGCUCCCUGCCAACCUACGGGGAUGGGUCAGCUGGCACCAAAAUGGGCACUGCCCUGUCACAACAAACUGACCCGAUUGACCCCGAAGGCAAUGGAGAUGCCAGGAGAAGGAGUGGUAAAUUGGAGGACUCAGGACAGGUCAACUGAGUAACAUGAAAACCAACUACUGAUUCUGUCUGUUUGUUGAUGCUUUAAAAAGUUGCAUGGAUCUACUGUUCUGGCAGUCCCAAAGCAAAUGUAAACCUUUGUAAUAACCUUUGUUCCAAAUAGCACCUUGAGGAAUUGUUCCCAACCAUUCCAGAAUGUUGACCUUUAAGCAUUUUAUUUUAUUUUGUAAUUUUUUUACAAAUAAAUUACACAGCUCAA